AUGAUUCUUUUUUUUUUCUUUCUGCUUCUUCUAUAUUUUUUGCUUCGUUUUUUCUUUCUUUCUUUCUUUCUUUCUUUUUCUUUCGAUUUUUUUGUUUUAGUUUGUUUUUUUUUCUAUUUUUUCUUUAUGGUAUUUUGCCAUUUUCUUUUAUUUCCUUUUCUUUCUCGCAUUUUCGUUGUUUUUUCUUUCUUUCGUUUUCCGUUCUUUCUUUGGUUCUCACUUUGUUACUUUGGAUUUUUUUUUCUUUUCUCUUCUUUUCUUUGUUUCUUCACUUUUAGCUUUCUAUUUUGUUUUUUUUUCUUUAUUGCUUCUUUCUUUGCUUUUUUUUACUUUUGUAAUUUUGUUUAUAUUUCUUUUUAUAUUUACGUAUUACUUUAUUCGUGGUUUUUUAAUCCCUUUUCUUAUAUUGCUUCUUUCUUUCUAUCUUUCUUUUUUCUUUCUUUUAAUUAUCUUUUUAAUUUCUUUGAUAUUUACAUUAUCCGUCUUUCUUACUUACCAUACCAAUCCAGAACACAUCGGAAGCUGUAUGUAAAACACAUUCUUUUUCUUUCUUUCUUUCUUUCUUUUUUUCUUUCUUUCUUUCUUGUUUAUUUAUUAUUCCGUUCGUUUUCGUCUUUCUUUCUUUCUUUCUUUCUUUCUUUCUUUCUUUCUUUCUUUCUUUCUUUCUUGUUUAUCUUUUAUUCUGUUCGUUUUCCUCUUUCUUUCUUUCUUUCUUUCUUUCUUUGCUUUGUUUUUCUUUUUUUUCUUAUUUAUUUAUUUUUUGUUAGUUCGUUCGUUUCUUUCUUUCUUUCUUUCUUUCUUUCUUUCUUUCUUUCUUUCUUUCUUUCUCACUGUAUGUAG